AUGCCACCGGCUCCACCACCGUUGCCGACGCGGUUUCCAUGCUGGUGUCGAGCUGUUUACUCUUGGGGAGGAGAGUCGAAACGCGAUCUAGGAUUCAUCGAGGGGGAUCUGAUAGAAUGCUUGAAUGCUGGUGACGGUUCAUGGUGGGUGGGCAGAUUAUAUCGAGAUCGAAGAACCGUCGGGUCGUUCCCAUCCAACUUUGUCGAACUCCUCCCCCCCGAAUUCAGGCCAACCACCAAGUCUGUCCCUUCGCCAGCAAGCACAUCCCCAAGCAACGCGCCCACCAAGUCCAGGACGUUUCGAAAGCCAUUCGAGGCAUACGCCAAGGCUCCUCACUACACCAGCGCGAAGCAGCCUGAAGUCUUCAAAGAGACCCCCAAACCCCGAGUACGACAAGAUUCAGGUGCUUCCUUCGCACACAGCACGCACGAGGUUGAGAGGGGUCCAUCGCCUGUUCCUCCUCCUCAAGGCUACCAUUCACGAGGACCAUCGCCUGCCCCCCCUCAUGGAUACGAUCACAGGGCCCCAUCGCCUGCUCCUCCCCGUGGUUACGAUCCAAGAGCUCCAUCUCCCGCUCCUCCUCACGGUUACGAUCCAAGAGCUCCAUCUCCUGCUCCUCCUCGCGGAUAUCAUUCACGAGGCCCAUCUCCUGCGCCUCCUCGUGGAUACGACCCCAGAGCCCCUUCUCCUGCACCAUCACACGGCUACGGCUCACGAGCUCCGUCACCAAAUCCAAUGCACGACUACCACUCAAGAGGCCCUUCGCCUGCGCCUCCUCAUGGCUAUGGCGCUAGAGGUCCGUCUCCUGCUCCCCCAAUGCACCAUAGCCAUGGCUACGGUAGCUCCAGAGGUCCAUCACCCGUCCCAUCCUUCCAUCGAAUUUCCAGCUAUCAAAGUCAAGGACGUGAUAACUCUCCGCCCCCUCCAGCACCGCCUCCUCAUAGGCAAAUGACGCGGGCUGGUUCGAAGGAUCUUCAGAGGACUUCUCUUGAAAUGUCUCGCCAUGGAUCUAAUGCCUCAUAUAACCACUUUGCUGGCUCAAGGCAAAAUUCGAAUAAUUCCUACAGACCACCACCUCCCAACAUGAGCCAUAGGUCGCGGAAUUCGUUUGACGACAGGUCCUACAGGGCGUACACACCUGGCGCUAUGUCUCCCGCUCCGCCAUCACCUGCAGGGGGAAUGACGCCCUCGCCCCUCAGAGAGGCUAUGGAUGGAGUAAUAGAGCAAUUGGGUGUCCUUGAAGGUAACUCGAGAAGGCCUGGAGAUCGCGGCUCCCCGGAGCCAAACCACGACCCGUGGUCCCCGGAACAAUUCGAUAUGGUUUCAACUCAGCGUUCUAGCAGGAAGACGCAAGAACGAUCCAGACCUAGAACAUCAAUGGGCAUAGCGCAACAAGACGAAGGUUAUGAAACGUGGAGCGGAGAAUCUUCACAGGAGGUGUCUUAUCAGAGCGGCUCCCGUGAUGAGAAACUCAGCAGCUACGUCGAGCGCAUGGAGAAGCAGUUUCAACAGCUGCACCGGCAAAGUUCGAGAGUAGAGGACGAUAUCGACGACCUUCCGCCUCCGCCGCCCCCUAAGAAUGUGCCUUUUGAGCGGCCCAAGUCGUCGAUGGGACGGUCUGCUGAUCUACCUCGAAAGUUGAGAGCUCGCAAGUCAGCUUAUGAGAUCGGUCGAGGCGUUGCCCGUACCCUAACAACCAAGACGAAUUCGACCAACGCCUCCUCCGGAAACCAGAGCAAUAGCAGUUCUUCGACCCAGAGCAGUUCCAGGACUCUGUGGAGUGGAGCCUCAGCAGGCGCCUUCAGCUCAACCAGCGCAGGAAGUCUUGCUAGGUCCGGGAACCGUGCUCAGAGUGCUUUGGGACUGAGAGAGCCGGACAACGAUAGACCCGACUCGCCCUUUACUGGAGUCACUUACCACAGCAGUCAUGCCAGUAACGCCCCUGCUCAGCAACUGCAACGGCCGCAGACUCAGGUUGGCUUCCAUGACGAUCCAGCCUUGGGACUUGGAGGACUUGUCCAGCCGAAACCUCCCAAGAGGAAUAUCUUCCGCAAGAUUUUGGAUACUGCAAAGACCGGUGUCGCCAGCAGCCGAGGUGGACUUGUGUCAGGUGGAAUGGGCAUCGACUCUCCAAAGUCAUCGCCCUUUGCCCGUUCGAUGCCACCAGGAUCCUCUCCCAUGGGUGGUUUGGGCAGCACGCCUUCUAGCAGAGAUAUUGCGACUGAAAUGGGCUUGUCUGGUGGCGUUGAUUGGGUCCAGGUUCGUCGUGAUGUGAACCGUUCGAACUCGCUCAGCACAAUAGAGUUGACUGAGCGCCGAGAACGAUGCCAAAUGAUGGACCACCCGGCUCUGAAUCCCGUCGACGAGCUCUACGAGAGUGUCGAGGGAGACGAAGGCGUAGAUGGAGAGCCGGUUCCCGAGCCCAUCAAUUAUGGAGCCAUCAACCUAUCUCAGGUCGACAAGAACUCACGCUUCAUUAGCGGCCUUCCUCCUGCCAUAACGGCUAUCCAGCUGGCUACCACUUACGUCUGCCGCCCAUAUCGAAGCGACGUACAGCGCCUACGGGCCAUCUUCACAUGGGUAUCUGAAAGGAUCUGCUGGGAGGAAGAUUUCGAAGGAGAAAUCGAUACACGGCGGGUGAUCCAAGCCAAGAGAGGGUGUGCUGAGGAGUAUGCUGUUUUGGUUAUGGAAAUGUGUUCUGCCGUUGGCAUUCACUGUGAGGUCGUGCGAGGCUAUCUCAAGACUCCUGGAGAGGUGUCUGAGAUCAACAUUAUGCCUCGACCCAACCAUUGGUGGAACGCUGUCAUGGUGGACAAUGAAUGGCGUAUGAUCGAUUGCUGCGUCGCCAGCCCUUCAUAUCCCCGGCGAGGUCUUUACUCGAGCGCCAGCAACAGCUCGGCUGACUCUUGGUGGUUCCUUACCAGGCCGCUGGAGAUCUGCUGGACUCACAUUCCCGAGCAUCACAGCCAGCAGCACAUCGUUCCCCCGGUUGCGCAUGAGACACUUCUCAACUUGCCGUGUGCGUGCGCGCCCUUCUUCCGCAACGAGAUCGAGAUGGUCGACUAUAACACAGCUCUGACCCGAAUCGAGGACUUGGAAAUGGUGCACAUCAAGUUCAAUGUUCCAUCCGAUGUCGAAGUCGCAGCUGAGGUGGAGGUGCGAGGUUACUCGCGAGACUCUGACGGAGAUGUGUUUGAGAGCGGCGACAUUGUCAAGAAGAGGGCUCUGGCUCAGGCAGAGUGGUUCAACGGAAUCAAGCGAUAUACCAUCAAGGCCCUGCUACCAGGAGACGAGGGACAGGGGACUCUGAAGAUCUACGCGGGCAAGCGAGGUUUGAUGCAUAGCAUCAAGGACAUCCCGCAUCCGAUGGCGUUUGCGUUGCCCAUCGUUCACACGGGUGAAAAUCCGCCUUACGAGUUUGUCACGAGGCAUCCUACUCCCCAUGCACAGCGACACGACAUCUACGUGGUUCAGCCACAAUGUCAACGACUGGCACUGAACAACACGUUUGUCUUUGCCAUCAGACAACAUCCAAGCUCGCUAUCGAAUGGAUCUGCCCUGACGCCAUCAUCAAACCCAGGAGGCACGAGCCCUGUCCCAUUUGCCCGACCUGGUUCCGCGCUGAGCAUCAACGCCUCGAGUGCUAGUGGCUCAACCCCAAGCUCAGCUACGGGAACUGUGGCUGGGAAGAAGCCUGCUAAGCUCGCGAUCCAGACGCCCGGAGGAAAGAUCCUGCGCCUUAUGAGAAAGGAGGAUCGUAGGGGCAUUCAUGUUGGAAGCGGAAGUCUCUCGGGCGGCGGGACCGCUAGCGACGGCGGCACCUGGGAGACAAUCAUCAAGUGUUCAGAGAAGGGUGUAUGGAGAGGCCUCGUGCUGGCAGAUCGCACAGCACGGUGGUGUGUAUUCGCUGAAUGGGUCUGCAUGGGUUGA